AUGACUCCGGAGGUGAAGAGGGUGGAGGUCCGGAAGUCGGGUCGGGGUCGGGUAUGCACGGAUAUGACAGGAUUCAGGAAUGCCCUUCAGGACCGCAAGUCGAACACUUGGGGAUUCCUCCCUGAUGAUUUCCUACAUCCAGCCUAUCUCCAGGCGAACAACUUGCGAGUUAAUUUGGAGAUGUCCAAGAUACAAAGGACCUUCAUUCUCUUGGUCUACAUUGUCUUUGGGGAGAAGCAGGCCAAGAAGAUGAUGAGUCAGAUGAAAGGGCAUGGUGGAAGAAGGAAGCAAGAGGAUGUGGAUGCAUUCCAUUUCACUCAAGAUAACGAGGAGCUCUUUUGGGACACUGCGCUCCCAAAACUAUGCGUGGCUAAGGGUCAUAACACCGAUGGCAUAAGAUUACUGGAAGAGAUCCUCCUAUCUCACCUGAUCUGUCAAGGCACAGUGGAUGCCAUGUUCAAGAAACAGGAUGUGGACGAGACGAGUGACAACUUGGACAGGUUUGAUGUUGCUCGGAUCAUGGACAUGGUCAGGAGAAACGAAGGGUGGUGGGCCUUGCUGAGACGGUUCGCUGGAUGGAAAGAUAAAGCCUAUCAUUUCAUCUCUGGGGUGUCAGAGGCAGUCGUGGAGCAGCUGGAUGGUGCGGUGGACAAGUACUACGACAGUAUCUACCACCUUGGACAGCUGAGUUCGCACUGUGACGAGGUGGAAAAGUCUAGGGAGAUGGUGCAACGCAAGCAGGUCGAGCUACCCUCCACUAUGGUCCACAGCCUCUGGUCUGGCCAGCCCUAUCCAGGGCACAAUCCUACUGUGGAUGAACACCUAGCCUCCGGGUUCAUUCGUCCUGCUACUUCCACUCAUGUGGCACCAGUCCUCUUCAUCCACAAGAAGGACGGAUCCUCCGUCUCUGUGUUGACUUCCAAGGGCUGA